GUCGUACCCUGGGAAAAACGACUAAAACGGAAGGCUCACACAACUUUUGCAGAGGCCAAAAUUUAGGUUCGCACGAACUCGUGGUUGUUACCCAGGGGAAUUCACAAAGCAAGUGUUGUACAAGUCUAGUAGUCUGAAGCGACAGCAACUGCCGCCGACAAUGGCAUACAAAAUCGGAAAAAAACAAGCAACCACAGACAUGAUGGAUGACGAAGGCAGCAGCCAUCCUCUAUCUGAUUUAGGCCUAGACACGGUAUCAUCUCAAAGCCAAAACCGUAGAAGCAGGCUGAUUCGGUGGGCAAUCUUUGCCAAUGGAUUCUUCUUGCUUGGUUCAAUCUUGCAAGUCCUUGGAGCGCACGGCAAACGAAGCUGGGCACGGUCAAUCCAAGAGUAUCCUGUUUCUGUUCUCCAAGCCGACGAUGACGCCACAUGGCAAACUUAUUUGAGACAGCGAAGCUAUGAAUCGAGAAGACUUGGCCGAACCAAACCAAGGCAUUUGCAACUGAUACCGCUAGGAGAGUACCACGGGCUACAAUGGAAUUAUCUCCCCGCUGACACUAGAGAGGCAUUAAAUGACCUGUGGCAUAACGCGCGCACUUGGGAUGGAAACCCCAAAUCACAACUCGAGGGUUGGCAUUGGGCAGAGUUAGAUAAACGCGAGACAGGAGCUGCGGAGCUGUUGGGCUUCAACGAGGAGCUAUGGGACAAUUUUGAAUAUGAACAGGACAACUACGAAUUUGAUCAGCAAUGGCACAAUAAUGGUUACAAUACACAAGUCAAGUCGAAUGGUGCGGGGCCUACCGAGCAUAAUACCGUCGAAGCUAUCAUGACUGACAAUGUUACUGCUACCGGUGCGAAUUUUAAGAAUGGCUCUACAUCAAAUGUGCUGGAUUCGUCAAACUCGAGUCGCCUUUACCAGUCAACAGAAAUGCAAAGCAUCAACUCAAGCUACACGAUCAAAAUAUCAGAAUGGCAACAAGAAUGGAGCUGGGAGCAGCUUCCAGGAGACAUCAAGGCGGCAAUGGAAAUAUUGGGAUACAACGAAGAGCUAUGGGUCUCUGGUGGGCCUGCAUUCACGGAAUCCUUAACUUGGAAUGAACUCACGAUGGCACAGCAGGAAAAUGCAUCAUUGCUCGGGUACUCGGAAAACAACUGGGACGAAUUCGGAAGUCGCAAGGACACGAGAGACGAACCAGUGUAUAACGAAGAUAGUCCAAGCACGCUGUCUACCGAAGACGAAAAGGACCUGGGAAGCCCCCCCAAUGUUUCUAGCAGCAAUGCUGCGCAACAUGAUUUGGUAGAGGCAAGUGAUUCUGAAACCACGCCAUCACCAACACCAACACCAACACACAAGCCGAAAGAGGCAUCGAAGCAAACGGCAACAAAACUGGCAACAGUCACUCCUACAGAUCCACCCCCCUCAGAAGCUCCUUCAAAAGAGCCGACUAAACCACCAACUGCAUCCCCAACGAAAGCGAAAGAUCCACGAACAGCCCAACCGACCGAACUUUUGCUACCACAAACAAUCGCGACGUUUGUUUCAAAGAGCGAUGUUAUGGACGAAACGAUUAUUCUAUCAAUUAUGGAGAUCGACGUGACGUUGACACAGCUGUACAUCUUUUUCGCCUCCUUCUGCUUCUUGGUGGCGGGAACGGUCAACUGGAUUCGAGAAGCCCAAGUGUUCCAUAUUUGGCUGGUGCAAGGCUCAAUCUCCAUGAUGCUGAGUGCUGUGUGUGUUGGCUUCAGCGAAGGCGGUGCCAUCCUUUUUCGUGCCCUUGCAUACCACUGUUAUCUUCUCGAAGGGGCUUUCAUGCUCAAGCUACGAAAGAGCAUUCGGCCGAUCGAUGGCAUCGAAACCUUGUCGUAUGCUCUAUGGGUAGCCGACGGGAUGUUUGGGUCGAGUUCUGUCGUUAGUAUUGUGACUACAUACUGGCAAUUCAUUGACGCGGAUGCUGCUUUUGACCUCAACGUUGCUCUUGCUCAGGAGCUAUCUGCCUGGCUGUGGUUGCUGGCAUCUUUUGUUUACAUGCUUUCCCCUUUCAUCCUAGCAUGGAAGACUCCACUUGAUUGCUGCCAACAGAAGGCAAAUCCGCCAAAGAAAAUUCAUGGCGUCGGUUUAGCUUGACCAUGUCAUGGUCAUGCAAGUCGGUUUCUGCAAUUAUGUUGGAGGCUUUGAAAUUUUUAAAAGAGCUGUUGCAAAUUGCAUCGACAGCUCGCUAAAAACUGCAAGAAAUAAUACUUCUCUCCUUCUGUGCUUGUACAUGUACCGGCACCGAUUCUAGCUAUGAUAGCUAGUGAUUAGAGGUACAACAUGU